GGCGCGGGGCGGGGCGGUCCCGGAUGGAGGCGGCCGCCAUUUAGAGCGCCCGCAGCGCAAGGCGCGGGGCUGCCGGCCUGCCGCCACCAUGAGGAGCGUGCCGCGUUUGCUGCUGCUCGCCCUGCUUGUCUUUCCCGCCGCCUUGCUGCUCCGGGGCAGCGGCACAGGUUCAGGCUUAUUAGUUGCAGCUCAGGAUGCUACAGAAGAUGAGGAAACUGUGGAAGAUACUGUAGUUGAAGACGAAGAUGAUGAAGCUGAAGUUGAAGAAGAUGAGCCUACAGACUUGACAGAAGAAAAAGAGGAAGAAGACUUGUCAGGAGAACCUAAAGCCUCACCUAGCGCUGAUACAACAAUAUUAUUUGUCAAAGGUGAAGAUUUUCCAGCAAACAACAUUGUGAAAUUCCUGGUAGGCUUCACCAAUAAGGGUACAGAAGACUUCAUUGUUGAGUCUCUCGAUGCUUCGUUCCGGUACCCUCAAGACUAUCAGUUUUAUAUCCAGAACUUCACAGCUCUCCCCCUGAAUACAGUAGUUCCACCGCAGAGACAAGCUACAUUUGAGUACUCUUUCAUCCCUGCUGAGCCUAUGGGUGGCCGUCCUUUUGGAUUAGUUAUCAAUCUCAACUACAGAGAUGCAAAUGGUAAUAUGUUUCAAGAUGCUGUCUUCAAUCAAACGGUUACAAUUAUUGAAAAAGAAGAUGGAUUAGAUGGAGAAACGAUCUUCAUGUACAUGUUCCUUGCUGGACUUGGUCUACUUGUUAUUGUUGGCCUACAUCAAUUACUAGAAUCUAGGAAGAGAAAAAGACCAGUACAGAAAGUUGAGAUGGGAACAUCAAAUCAGAAUGACGUUGAUAUGAGCUGGAUUCCCCAGGAAACUUUAAAUCAAAUAAUGCAAAGUAGAAGAGAUAAAGCUUCACCAAGGAGGUUGCCCCGCAAGAGGGCACAGAAGAGAUCAGUGGGCUCUGAUGAAAAGACUCAUCCCACCAGGAGUUAAGGAGACGCGGGUUCUCAGCUCCUCUAUACUUCCCUGGCCUUCAGAACUGGAUGUGCAACUCAGAUGAUUCUUUGGCUCACCAUCCUGUGAAAUGCACUUUAUUUAUAUGAAAGCAUAUAAAAUGUAGCUAAGGCGGCUCCAACCAACUACGACAAAGGAUUUUUUCUUUUUUCGACAACUGCACGUGGCUUCCCUGUACAUCCUGAAGACUUCACGGCCACACACGUUUAUGCAAAACCAAAACCAGGAUGGCAGAAACCUCCUUCAUUCUCGCAGAGAAGAUCCCAGCACCUCUCCAUCACCGUGCCACGCUGUUGGGACGCACAGGUGUGGCUGCAGCUAACGGAAGGCCACGCCGCUAGAGCCAAGCACCUGCAGGGGAUAAUCAGCACCAACCUCGUCUCUUCUGUUUCCAGUUGCUGUUUUAAGAAGAUGCCCUCAAAGCAGAGCAGCAUUUCAGAGGGUUUCGGCUACCAGAGAACAGAAUGGCAAAUGCAUGUGGUUGCCAAAGCGCUGCCUCUGGCUCAGCCCAAGCAAAGGAGAACAGCAACGCCGCUCUGCGGGGCACCUCUGCUUCACGCACUGCCCUCCAGCUCAAAACCAAGCAGCAACAAACCCACAAGAAGAGCCACGUCCAUUUUGGAAGCUCUAAUUUUUAAAUAUAACAUUUUAUUGCUUAGAUGGUUUGAUACAGAACAACUUUUAUUUUGAAUUUGGAAGUACUGUACAACUGAAUAAAAAGAGGAAUAAAAGUACCAAAACAAAUGUGUGAUUCUCUGUUCAUGUGGCAUAAACCAGUCUUGUACACAAUUCGUAGCAGCAGUUUAAGUUCCCUUUAGAAAAAUAUGAAUUCUACAUAUUUAUUACUGUUUCCUGCAUGGGAUGAAAUCACUAGGAUUAACCUUCCUUUGUGGGGAGAGAAGAGAGAAAGGAGACACACAGAGGAGAGAGAAAAUCACGAAUCAUUCUGAAAAUGGAAUCAGUCUCACGUAGCCCCGAAAAGUUAUUUCAGAAUUGCCUCAAAAAAAGGGGUUGCUUUUUUUUUUUUAAUUUUUUUUCCUUUUUUUUUUUUUCCUUUAUUUCAUUUUUGCGCUUUCACAGUCAAGUGCUCGAUGUAGUGAUUGAAUUAUCUCCACGUUAAGUCCAUUGCAACUCAGGCAAAAGAAUUUCAGAAGAUCCUUUUCUGUUUGUUUGUUUGUUUGUUUUGUAAAAGCCCUGAGAGAGGAAAAAAAAAAUAAAAUAAAAAAUAAAAAGAUCCAAACAAAAAUCGUAUAGAGACAAAUUAGCUGAACAUGCAAACUAAAGCCUAAGAUUCACCCAUAGUUUAAACACAUUAUAAAUUUCACAGUUUAAUAUUGGGGGAGGAGGGGAAACAAAACAAAAAAAAAACAACCCAA